AUGAAAGCGCGAGUACAUGCGGAAGACCUAAGAUUUGAGACAGAGUGGCGUCUCUUCUGCAAAGGUUCCGCUCUUGUCAAGCUUGAGAGUCUAAAUUGGGAAGAGCAUAAAACUCGCCAACAUGACCCGAAGAAUGUACUACGACUUAAAAAGGUCUUUGAGAAGGAAGGAUGCCGUUCGCUAAAGGUGGGAAACCACAUACCUGCUAUUGUCGAUCAACAUCAUCUCGACACUGCCAUAGAGAAUGCGAAGCAAAAUAAGACGUGGAAAACGGGGAUUUUGCCAAGUAGUUACGCCACGAUCGACUCAGAAAACAGAUACCCAGAGCUUGACUUUCCAGGCGGAAUUAUCUGUCUCCAUGGAUUACAUAGAAUUCAAGCGGGAAAAGCAUUGCGCCCGGCUGAGAAAUGGUGGAUAGUAGAUCUAUACCUUUCAGGAAUCAGCUACGAGAUGAGGGCAAUUCUAGAUGAAGAGUAUUCUAAUGAAGAUAGGCCUUGUGAUGGUCAAAUAUAUCGCAAAAUCCGUGAAUACCAGUAUCUACCCCAGAAGGCUGAUGCCCUAAUCUUACCAGCUACCUGUAAGAGACUCCGCGGCCUCUUCCGACACCGCUUGGUUGCCGCUGGAUUUGAUGCUCUUACUAAGAUUCCGGCUCUCUUUGACGCUGGAAUGAAGGUCACUACACUGCAUACAGUGAUGGCAACGAGGUGCUAUGAGACGCAUCUUCGUCUUCUAGAAUUCGGUCGCGCCGUCAUAAAUAAUAUGUCCAACGACCAGCGUGUUCGAGACACGGCUACGCCAACGCUGUUUCACCCUGAUAUACACAAAAGAAACAUAUUCGUUUCUGAUGAUGACCCCACUGUGAUUACAGGCAUCGUUGAUUGGCAGUCCGCCAGUAUUGAGCCAGCAUUCUGGUACGCAGAGGAAGUGCCCGACUUUGCAACAACUUUACCUCACCCAUCGCUCGAGAAUCAACUUGAGCCCAACAGUGAGCGAUGUGCGAAGGCAUUUGAAGUUUGCACUCAGUUCCACGUUCCAAAGCUGGGUAGACCAAGAGUUAUGGAUGACGCCCUUUUCCGGCCGUUCCGCUAUUGCUACAGGACGUGGAAGGACGGUGCGAUGGCUUUUCGCCAUGAGCUAAUCAAAACAUCUGAACGCUGGCAGGAGCUUGGACUUAUGGGUUCCUGUCCAUAUCCCGCACCUACCCCGGAAGAGUUAGCCAUCCACCAGAAGGAAUAUAAAUACUUUGAGGCGGCACAUGACUUGAGAAAUAACCUCGCAGGCUUGCUCAAUACUGCAUCCGACGGCUGGGUUCCGCCAGAAGACUGGAAAGCGACGAAGUUGGCCAACAGGGAGCUGUUUGAGGUGAUGUUGCAAACUGUCCUAAGUAUCAAAAACCCAGAUGAUGAUGAGCCAACAAAAGAUGAAGGAGACACUCUGCUCUCUUGA